GAAAAGUCUACCUGCCUAGUGCCUACUUGGAUUUCAUAACAAUCAUGUUGGUUGUGGCAAUUUAUUGGUUAUGAUCGACUUUUUAUUACAAAAAAUUAAUUCUUGUAGCAGUUUGUUGUUAAUUUUUUCAAAUUUGGAAAUUAUUUUUGGUUUGUGACAAGAUAUUUUUCAAAAAAAUGUCGCAGAAAACAGAUAUGCAAUACAAAAUAUCAGGAUCAGCUUUGUCGUUCUUGUACUAUGAAUGUAGUAAAAGCAGAGAAGAUCAGAUUGGAUUUUUGUUAGGAGAGAAGCAUUCAGUUAUAACAAAGGCAAUCAGCGAUGCAGACGUUAAUGGAGAAAAAAUUGAAACUGUCAUUGAUAUCAACGCAGUUCUACCAGUGGGAUCACCGUUUGCCAUAUGCAGCAAUGUAGGCAGAGUGGACCAUAAAAAACUGAGAGAACACCUUGGACCAUUUGAAAAAGAAACGUACGGCUGGUACAUUUUCCGACGCAGCUCGAAACUGAGUCCCCUGUUCCGCGGCUCGUGCAUUCAUAGAGAGCUGUUGCGUGCUCUGCCUCAUAUAUCAUCGCAGUCGUUCGUCAUCUGCUGCAUCGGAUCCGAGGUGUCAGCCCCCUCCACACACACGCAUCGGCAUGUCUUCUUCCGCUUCAGGAGGGGGGCAUUUAAGCCAAUUUCAGUACCAGUCACCAACCUAGGACAUCCUACCGAACCAGGAUACAAAGGUGUUUCUAUUGGGAAUAUUUCAAAUACCUCCUUCAAUUCGAUUAUCUCUUCACUAGAUUUGGGACAGAACACGCGGAGUGUGGACCUGCUGAGAGCUGUGCAGGGUCCUUUGCAGCAGAAAAUCCAGUUGGUGGCCAAACAGGUGCAGAAGUCUGACCAGAAAAACCAGCGCAUCAUUGAGGAGAUCAGAAGCCUAAAAGUGAAACGCUUGCUUGCCGAAAAAAUAAAGAGUCUUGGAGAUCACUCGCGUAAUUCGUCAACCCCGGAAAAAGUAUUGAAAAACGGAAAUUGCAGUUAUGAAAACAGGGAGAGAAAUGCUGUGUCAACUCCACCCAAUCAGAGAGCGACCGUCCAGGAAUGUCUGAUCAAUUCGCAGUCGGAUGAAGAACUGAGUCCGGCCACUCUAAAAUCUCAGAUGAGCGAUCGUAUCAUAGAAGACUCGUCAUCUAUAGAGUACUGACAGUGUGCCUUCAGAUCCAGCAUGUUGGCAACGAUUCACCAAAAGAACUAUUUUUACACUUAUUUGCUAAGUAUGUACAGAUAUGAUUCGUUUGCGGAAGUGAGUUAACACUCAUUGUACAGAUAUCAAGCUUAAUUAUGUUCGUAUUAUUAAAUGUUAUAGUUCUUGCA